ACGCCGUCGACCACUGCAUCAACACAGUCAACUACUGAAUCAACACAGUCAACUACUGAAUCAACGCCGUCAACGACUGCAUCAACACCGUCGACCACUGUAUCAACACCGUCAACCGCUAUAUCAACACCGUCAACCACCGCAUCAACACCGUCAACCACUGCAUCAACGCCGUCAACCACAGCAUCAACAACGUCAACCACUGCAUCAACACCAUCAACCACUGCAUCAACACCGUCAACCACAGCAUCAACACCGUCAACAACAGCAUCAACACCGUCAACAACAGCAUCAACACCGUCAACGACUGCAUCAACACCGUCGACAACAGUAUCAACACCGUCAACCACUGCAUCAACGCCGUCUACCACUGCAUCUACACCGUCAACCACUGCAUCUACACCGUCAACCACAGCAUCUACACCGUCGACAACGGCAUCAACGCCGUCGACCACUGUAUCAACACAGUCAACUACUGAAUCAACACCGUCAACUACUGAAUCAACACCGUCAACGACUGCAUCAACGCCGUCCACCACUGCAUCUACACCGUCAACCACUGCAUCAACACCGUCAACCACUGCAUCUACACUAUCAACACCGUCAACCACUGCAUCAACGCCGUCUACCACUGCAUCUACACCGUCAACCACUGCAUCUACACCGUCAACCACAGCAUCUACACCGUCGACAACGGCAUCAACGCCGUCGACCACUGUAUCAACACAGUCAACUACUGAAUCAACACCGUCAACUACUGAAUCAACACCGUCAACGACUGCAUCAACGCCGUCCACCACUGCAUCUACACCGUCAACCACUGCAUCAACACCGUCAACCACUGCAUCUACACAGUCGACCACUGCAUCUACACCGUCCACAACUGCAUCUACAACGUCAACCACAGCAUCUACUCCGUCGACCACGGCAUCAACACCGUCAACCACGGCAACAACACCGUCAACGACUGCA